CUAAUCUCAUAUUUAUUUUAUUUUAGUCAAUUUCCCCCACUAGGCGGAGCUGAACAUUUAGAGCGCGUGAUUGACAGUUGAUGGAAAGCGCGCGAAUUUAUCCUCUUCAGCUCACCGUGAGGAAAGUGAGACCUGUAGUCUAACGUUUUUCGCUUAAAAUGUGCAGUUUUAAACUCCGCAAACACCAAUAUUAUUUUAAAAAACGUUUUAUAACAUUCUUAAGUACUUGCUUGUCGAGUUUCACCAUGGAAAGAUGAAUAAUUUGACUGUUAUGUCAAAUGGAAAAUGUUAAGUUGCGGCUGGAUUUGGGCUGUUUUUUAUCGUCAACCUGAUGCAGAAAAGAAAGAAGAUAAACACUCAUCACAGAACCGACAGUCAUUUAAUUGUGCAGAUAAAGCACUGCAGCUGAUGUUGGUUGCAUAUAACAUAGCAAUUGGACAAUGUCAGAAGAGCUACUACUGCUCUCCUUUGGCGAACACAAGCACCUGUGCUAAUACCUCCAGUUAUGUAGAGAGAGCCUGUCUUGGACAAAAUACUGCCUGCAUGGCCUAUUCCUGCAACAGUAAAAGUUCUGGCUGCUCCUGCAAGCUCGGAUCCUACAACUGCAGCAUCAACUGCAACUACGACAUUUAUUCUGACCUCUGUGAUUGCCGUGCGGAUACACACUCCUGCACCUGCCUUGGAGAUAUGACAACUUCAGUCGGCUCUCCAAACCAGACAGUCGCAAGCACUACGAAUCUGCUUAAUCUGAUAUCCAAUAUGUCAGGUCAACUGUCUCCCACAGAUGCUGGAAACUUUUUGAGUGUGGUUGAUGCUGCUCAGAUGAAGGUUUCGACUUCUGACAGUCCUGUAGAAAAAAGUACAUUGGUGUCAUUUGGAAACGCGUAUUUGAACGCCUUUGAGAAUCUGGUGUCUGCACUGGUCGUGGCAACAGAUAAUAUGACCGUGAAGAAUAUUGCUCUCAACAAUACAGAAGUUACAGUUCUUGCAAUUGGAGUCAAUGCAUCUGCAGCAGAUAUUCCUCCCAUCUAUACUAAAACGGCCCAAUUGGAGAUCGACCUAAUUGGGAUUGCCAAGCAGAGCAUUUCAAAAAGUGCUUCUGUGGCUUUCGUGAGCUACAGCGCAAUGGACAGUAUACUUAAACCUGACUUCUUCAACACUUCAGAAAACACAGUUAAAACAAUGAUGUCCACUGUGAUCUCAGCUACUCUUUCCCAAACCAACAACACUGCACUCACCAAACCAGUCAACUUCACCCUCAAACACAUCCAAGGGUUUAACCCUAAGAGUUCUCUGUCCUGUGUGUACUGGAAUGACAGCGAGUGGAUUGUAGAUGGUUGUUCUGUGUUAAACAGCAACAGCAGCCACACUGUGUGUUCCUGUGUUCAUCUGUCCACAUUCGCUCUCAUCAUGCAGACCAGCAGCACUCCACCAGAAUCGAGCGAUCUGCUGGAGCUGCUGAAUCUGGUGUGUGUGAUCGUGGGUCUGGUGUUCUUCAGUUUGGCUCUGUUGUCCUUUGCUCUUUGUCAGUGGAGUCCUGGAGUCAAUAAUGUGGCUCGAAUCAACAUCUGCAUCAGUCUGCUGUCGGCUCACCUUCUGUUUCUGCUCACACAACAGUUCCUGAGCCUCAUUCGCCCUCAGCAGGUGUUUUGUGUGGCGAUAGCAGGCCUUCUGCACUUCCUCUUCCUCUCCGCCUUUGUGUGGAUGUUCAUUGAAGCUGUGCUGCUCUUCAUCUGUGUACAGAACCUAUCACGAAUCAGCUCCAAAAAGAAGGAGGUGCUUAGCAGUGGAUUCUUGUGUGUGAUUGGAUAUGUGCUUGCUCUAGUUGUGGUGGGUGUGUCUAUUGGGCUGGUUCCAGAAGGAUACGGCAGCGAACAAUGCUGGAUUAAAACUGCUGAAGGGUUUAUCUGGAGUUUUCUGGGUCCUGUUUGUGUCAUACUAGCAUUAAACACGAUUUUCUUCAUUAAAAUCGUCCUCACUCUGAACUCGACUCUCAAAAAUCUAAAUGCUGAAGUCUCACAGAUGAAGCAAACUAAGAUUUUGGCAUUUAAAACACUGUCUCAGUUUGUGGUUCUUGGUUGUCCUUGGAUUCUGGGUUUCUUCAUUAAUGGCAGUGAGGUGCUGGAGAUCCUCUUCCUGGUCUUGAACUCUCAGCAGGGAACCUUCAUCUUCGUGAUCUACUGCGUGCUCAAUAAUGAGAUCAGGCAACAGUACAAGAACUGCUUCACAUGUCUUUGCUCUGGACACAGCAUCAAGUGCAACAAAUAAAACCGACACUAUUUUACAGGAUGUUUUAUAUGAUAUAGCCUUUUUAUGUUUAUUGUUAAAUGUCUGGCAUUAAUUAUCAUGUCAUCUGGGUUAUUGCUGGUGAAUGAAAAAAAAGCAUAUUGUUGCAGAUUGUUAAUGAUAUAGCAUGGCUGAUUGUUGUUAUAUAAUGCUUUGUAAAUGGUUAUUAAAAUAAUUAUUAAAUAUUUUCAGUUAAAUUUAGGUAAUUGUCUAAAAACAUUUAAGCUCAUGGUAAAGGGAAAUAACAUGAGUUUGCGUCAUAUGUAAUCAGAUGAUGAGUUGUGAAGUUCUUUAUUUACUGAUCUUGCAUUAUUAUAUUUUGUUUGUUGAGCUCAGAAUGCUGAUUGUGAUCAUUUCACAUUUUAAAUAUUGAUGUGCGUCAUACAAUGUCAUGUAAAUGAGUGAAUAUAUUUAAGCAGGGAGGCCACAUGUUUUCAUUUUCAUAGUGUUAUACAUUAAAAGUUGAGCUGUAAAAAAGUUUCAUAAAUUAUAUUUGCAUGUCAAGCUCGAAAGCUGUCACAGACAAAACGAAUGUUUCAUCCACAAGGACUGUUUUAUAUUUUGACAAAGGAAUAUUUGCAACAUGGGUGGCUCAGUGGUUAGCACUGUUGCCUCACAGCAAGAAAGUCACUGGUUCGCGUCCCGGCUAGGCCAGUAGUCAUUUCUGUGUUGAGUUUGCAUGUUCUCCCCAUGAUACGUGAGUUUUUUUCUGAGUAAUCCGAUUUACCCCGGAGUCGUCCUUGGAAAAUUGGAUAAACUCAAUUUAAACUCAAAUCAGUGGCCUUCUUGCCGUGUGGUGACAAUGCUAACCGCAUAGCCACCGUGCUGCCAUGCAUUAAAGCAUGUGAAUGAUUCAUUUUCCUUUUCAUUCAGGUGAUCUUUUUGGUGUAUUUUCAAGGUCUUAAUAAACAAUAUGAUAUUGUAGCUGUG